AUGAACCCUCUCCUCGGCAAGCUCACUAAGCUACUCGGCGAGGAGUACAAGAACCUCACGGGGUGCGGAAGCAGGCCUCCUUCCUGGAGAUGUCCUGAUAUGGAGAACUGCAUAAACGAGUUGAUGCGUGACACUGAAGGUGCCCAUGCAAAGGCAGGAUUAUUAAAGAAGAUGGCUUGGUGUCUCAUGAGUUUGGGUAUACGACAUCAAAUUACCAACUGGAUCGAGGAGGUCAAAGUUCUCAUGGUGGAGAGGUUGACGAUCAACAUGGAGGUAGAAGGUCUUGUUGGUGUUGAUGGCCUAAGAGAAGAGCUUGUCAGUUUGUUGGCAAAUUCUCAGAAGAAACUCAAAGUGGUUUCCAUCAUAGGUUUGGAGGGGGUCAGGAAGCAGGCCUCCUUCCUCAAAAAUGAGCACGACUCCAUGAAAUCUCUCCUUGAGAAGAUCGAUGUAAUGGAUAAGCUUGAUCCCUCGGCAAAAAAUGGAGGGACCAUGUCAGUGAGAUGUCCACAUAUGGAGAACUACAUUAACGACUUGAUGCGUGACACUGAAACAUGGGCCUACACAAAUGGGGCUUUGUAA